UUGUCGGUCGCAGCGCCAUCUUCUUUCUUUCUUUUUUCUGUAGGCACCGACGUGUGGAAAACGUGCUGAACGUUUCGUGUGUCGAAUUUCUCCCAAAUUAAGCCGAAAUGGGAUUCGUUAAAGUAGUGAAGAACAAGCAGUACUUCAAGCGGUACCAGGUCAGGUUCCGUCGUCGUCGCGAGGGAAAGACCGACUACUAUGCCCGUAAGCGCCUGAUUUUCCAGGACAAAAACAAAUACAACACGCCGAAGUACCGUCUGAUCGUUCGUCUCAGCAAUCGCGACAUCACCUGUCAGAUUGCCUAUGCCCGCAUUGAGGGCGAUCGCAUGGUCUGCGCGGCCUACUCGCACGAGCUGCCACGUUAUGGUGUUAAGGUUGGUCUGACCAACUAUGCUGCUGCCUACUGCACCGGUCUGCUGGCUGCUCGCCGUAUUCUGCAGAAGCUGCGCCUGGAUACCCUGUACGCUGGUUGCACCGAUGUGACCGGUGAGGAGUACCUGGUUGAGGCGGUCGAUGAUGGCCCGGCUGCCUUCCGUUGCUACCUGGACGUUGGCUUGGCCCGCACCACCACCGGAGCCCGUGUGUUCGGCGCCAUGAAGGGUGCUGUCGAUGGCGGAUUGAACAUCCCGCACUCGGUCAAGCGCUUCCCGGGAUACAGCGCGGAGAACAAGAGCUUCAAUGCUGAAAUGCACCGCGACCAUAUCUUCGGUCUGCAUGUCGCCAACUACAUGCGCACGCUGGAGGAGGAGGAUGAGGAGGCAUUCAAACGCCAGUUCAGCAAGUACAUUUCCCUGGGCAUCAAGGCCGAUGAUAUCGAAAACAUCUACAAGAAUGCCCACGCCGCCAUCCGCAAGGAUCCUUCCUUCACGAAGAAACCCGAGAAGAAGGUUACCAAGAAGCGAUGGAAUCUGGCCAAGCUCAGCCUCGAGGCUCGCAAGGAGAAGAUCGCGAAGCACAAGGCCGAAUUCAUGGCCAAGAUCCAGGCCGAUGCCGAAGCCUAAGCGUACAGAUUCGCUUAGCCGUCGCUGUCCGAGUGUUACAUCCUUACUCUUACUUUUCUCGCUCAAAUACGGCGAGCAACAGAAAACAUUCGUUUACUUUUUGCUUCUACGUUUCGCUGAAGAUUAACAUUAUAUUCCAAGUGAUUGUGGUGAAUACGAUCGAUUGUGGUUGGUGGUGUGUGUUGAUCGCAGACCAUGCUUUCAUGCGCGCGCUUUCCUGCCCGAAAAUCCUUUCUUCCUCCCGUUGGCCGGCACAUAACUUCUAUGUGCUGUGAAUUGACCGAGGAUUGGCGAGAAGAUGAUAAUAACAAAAAUAAUAGUGAAUAAAUGUAAUGUUUCUAUUCAGCCGAAUUGGAAUCAAACAA